CUUGCAGGAGUCAUGUGGCUGGAAAUUCUCUUGGCCUUGGUGCUGGGCUUUGUCAUCUACUGGUUUGUCUCCCAGGACAAGGAGGAAACUUUGCCACUUGGAGAUGGGUGGUGGGGGCCGGGGGCGAUGCCUGAAGCUCAGGAGGACAAGACCAUCCGCCCUUUCAAGGUGGAAACGUCCGACGAGGAGAUCAGUGACCUACACCAGAGGAUCGAUAGGUUCCGAUUUACCCCACCAUUGAAGGACAGUCGUUUCCACUACGGUUUCAACUCCAACUAUCUGAAGAAAAUCGUCUCCUACUGGCGGAAUGAAUUUGACUGGAAGAAGCAGGUGGAGAUUCUCAACAGAUACCCUCACUUCAAGACUAAGAUUGAAGGGCUGGACAUCCACUUCAUCCACGUAAAGCCCCCCCAGCCGCCCUCAGGCCGUACCCCAAAGCCCUUGAUGAUGGUGCACGGCUGGCCUGGCUCCUUCUACGAGUUUUAUAAGAUCAUCCCCCUCCUGACUGAUCCCAAGAACCACGGCCUGAGCGACGAGCAUGUUUUUGAAGUCAUCUGUCCUUCCAUUCCUGGCUACGGCUUCUCAGAGGCAUCCUCCAAGAAAGGCUUCAACUCGGUGGCCACCGCCAGGAUCUUUUAUAAGCUGAUGCUGCGUCUGGGCUUCCAGGAAUUCUAUAUUCAAGGCGGGGACUGGGGGUCCCUGAUCUGCACCAACAUGGCCCAGCUGGUGCCCAGCCACGUGAAAGGCCUGCACUUGAACAUGGCUUUGGUAAUAAGAAAUUUCCACACCCUGACCCUUUUCCUGGGACGGCGUUUUGGGGGGCUUUUUGGCUACACCGAGAGAGACAUGGAGCUGCUCUACCCCGUCAAGGAGAAGAUUUUCUACAGCCUAAUGAGGGAGAGCGGCUACAUGCACAUCCAGUGCACCAAGCCGGACACCGUGGGCUGUGCUCUGAAUGACUCUCCCGUGGGACUGGCCGCCUACAUUCUAGAGAAGUUUUCCACCUGGACCAAUUCGGAGUUCCGUGACCUGGAGGAUGGAGGCCUGGAGAGGAAGUUCUCCCUGGACAGCCUGCUGACCAACAUCAUGCUCUACUGGACGACAGGUUCCAUCGUGUCUUCUCAGCGCUUCUACAAGGAGAACCUGGGGCAGGGCUUCACCCAAAAGCACGAGCGGAUGAAGGUCUACGUGCCCACGGGCUUUGCUGCCUUCCCUUGUGAGCUCAUACACGUGCCCCAGAAGUGGCUCAAGUUCAAGUACCCGAAACUCAUCUCCUAUUCCUACAUGGCCCGUGGGGGCCACUUCGCCGCCUUUGAGGAACCGGAGCUGAUGGCCCAGGACAUCCGCAAGUUCGUGGGGCAGGUGGAGCAGCAGUGAGGCCCAGGGACUGACCGCCGCCUGGGGAAGAUGCCCCGUUUCUGCAAUGAGUUUGCUCCCCGCCCCCGCCCAUGCCGGGAGCCCACGCUCACCGCGCCCCCUCCACACACCCUCCCCCCCGUGUUCAGCGACAUGGCUUCAAUAAAUGAUCUUCCUUCUAAGAG